AAAACCAACAUGGCGGACGGAGCGGAGCAGUUUGUUGAACACUUUUCUCGCUAAAAACAACAUGUAGACGAGGAGUUUAAGGAACUAGCGUUUCAAGUAAUACUUUUUGAUCAUGAUUUCGUCUAAUGUAGUACCAUGCCAUCGACUCGAGGGAGUUAAACUGGGUUUAUAUUCGGCCAACGAAAUCAAGAAUAUUAGUGUWAAGAGAAUCACAAAUCCUGAAACGUUUGAUUCUCUUCUUCAUCCAAAUUAUGGUGGAUUAUAUGACCCUUCAUUGGGUCCAACAGAUAGGGAUGACUUGUGUGAAACGUGUGGACAGAAUUCUGUUCACUGUCCGGGACAUUUGGGACAUAUAGAACUGCCUUUACCCGUCUACCAUCCACUGUUCAUGAAGAUUUUGACACAAGUUCUGCGUUCUUCAUGUUUUUGUUGUCAUAAACUGCUUUUGACAAAGACUUCCAAGCAUACUUACAUGAGUCAAAUGAAGCUUCUUGACCAUGGUUUAAUUGCUGAAGCUGAAGAACUAGAUGAAGUUGUCAAAAAUCUAAUCAGCAAUGCAGCAGAUAAUGGAAUAAAAAAUGAUGACCUUGAUGAAAACUGCAUGAAUUCCAUCGAUAAACAUGUACGGGAUAUUUUGAAAGACCUUGACAAGAAAGAGGCAAGGAACAGGGCUAACGGGAUGAAUGUAACCGACUUUAGACAUGAAAUAUCUAAGAAAUUUAUGAAAACACAUAUGGUAUCAAAGAGAAGAUACUGUUCAAACUGCAAAGCCCCUUCCAGGGAAGUCCGCAGUGAAUAUAAUAGUAGACUUUACCUUAAAGCUUUGCCAAAGAGAGAAGCACAGAAAUGGGCCUCAACUAAGAUUGCCCAUGCGCAUUUGAUGGAGUUGGAAGGACGUGUUAAAAGGGAUAUUGAGGAAGAAGAAAUUAGUCCAUCCAAAGAAGCAAAGAAAGCAUCCAAAGAUAAAGAACUAGAAUCCCAGAAAGAAGUCACUAAAAGUCUCCAGCAAACAUUCCUAACGCCCAAAGAAGUCAAAGAACACUUGGAUCUAGUAUGGCAAAAAGAUGGGGAUUUUCUAAAUACCCUUCUUGGUGGUUAUCCUACUCCUAAAGCACGUCACAGGAAAUCUUCUUCACAAAUGUUCUUUAUUGAUGUACUGCCUGUUAUUCCUUCUAGGUUUCGACCAUUAUCAUCUCUGGGAGAGAAAAGGUUUGAAAAUCCUCAGACUGGUAAUUUGUGCAAAGUUCUGAAAGACUGUGAAUGUAUUACAGAGAAUCUAAAGGGACUCAAUAAAAAACUUGCAGAGAAAGAUGCAAAUAAAGAAGAGGCAGAAGAGGAUGAACCACAGCAGAAAAAACAAUUCAAGGGAAAGAAUUCCAAGGUUGUUGUCAGUGGUGACACCCCAGCAGAAAGGCUACAUAAUGCCUGGCUCAAGCUACAGUCAGAUGUGAACUGUGUUAUGGACAGUGAUCUGGACAAGCUAUCGACYGUUAAGUUUCCUGGUGUCAGACAGCUCUUGGAGAAGAAAGAAGGUCUGUUCCGUAAGCACAUGAUGGGGAAGCGAGUUGAUUAUGCUGCUAGAUCUGUAAUAUCACCUGACCCAUACAUUAACACAGAUGAGAUUGGCAUACCAGAGGUAUUUGCAACCAAGCUGACCUACCCUCAGCCAGUCACACCAUGGAAUGUGAAAGAGCUUCGGCAAGCUGUGAUCAAUGGUCCGUUGGUCCAUCCUGGAGCAAUUCUUGUUGAGAAUGAAGAUGGUAAGAAAACAAGGUUAAGUGCCACUGAUGAAAACCAAAGGCAUGCCAUUGCUAAGAGACUGCUGACCCCAUCAGGAAACAUCAAGGGCUCAAGCACCUCAUGUAAAAAGGUUUAUCGGCAUUUGAGAAAUGGUGAUGUCAUGCUCUUGAACCGUCAACCUACUCUCCACAGACCAAGUAUAAUGGCACACAAGGCUCGUGUGCUGUCUAAGGAAAAGACCAUUCGCCUUCACUAUUCAAACUGCAAGUCCUACAAUGCUGAUUUUGAUGGUGAUGAAAUGAAUGCACACUUUCCACAAAAUGAGCUUGCAAGGGCUGAGGCAUACAACAUUGCAAGUACAAACUUUCAGUACCUUGUGCCUAAAGAYGGCACCCCCCUGGGCGGACUCAUCCAGGAUCAUAUCGUGUCUGGUGUAAGGAUGACAAUCAGGGGGAGGAUGUUUAACAGGGGUGACUAUCAGCAGUUGGUGUUUAGUGCCCUUAACUUCAAGAACAAACCAAUAACAUUAGUACAACCUUGUGUACUGAAACCACAGCAAAUGUGGUCUGGUAAACAGAUCGUAACUACAGUACUGUUAAACCUUGUCCCAGAUGGUAUGCUGCCAUUGAAUUUGAAAGGAAAGGCAAAAAUUGCAGGCAAGAAUUGGUCAACGCAAAAGCCUAAGCGUCAGUUUCUGAAUAUGGAAAUUCUUAAACAAGAUGAGAUGUCUGAGUCUGAGGUGAUAUUUCGAGGCGGAGAAUUACUUUGCGGCGUAUUAGACAAAGCGCACUAUGGUAAUACCCCGUAUAGUCUGGUGCACUGCUGUUAUGAGCUAUACGGAGGUGUAAUGGCAGGAGAGUUGCUCUCAGCAUUAGCUCGCCUCUUCACAACAUUCUUACAGUUCCAUGGYUUCACUCUUGGUGUCAAGGACAUUCUUGUAACUAAACGAGCAGAUAAAGCACGAAGGAAAUUAAUAGCCAAGGGAAGAGAAUCUGGMCACGAAGCAGCUACUAAAGCCUUUGGUUUGCUUGAGGAUUGUCAUAGUGGUGAACUGUUAGAGCGUAUGCAAUCGGCACAUCAUAACAAUGAUGGCGCCGACAUGAAAGAACUGGAUCUCUGCGUCAARMGAAAGACAGAUCACUUCCAAGAUGAGAUCAACAAGGCUUGUAUUCCUUUUGGACUUUACGAACGAUUCCCUGCCAACAAUCUUCAGCUGAUGGUACAAGCCGGUGCUAAGGGGUCAGCGGUAAACUGCAUGCAGAUCUCUUGCUUGCUGGGUCAGAUUGAGUUAGAAGGKCGCCGUCCUCCCAUCAUGCUCAGUGGCCGUUCUCUACCUUCGUUUCUACCUUAUGAUACAAGUCCAAGGGCUGGUGGAUUUGUCGAUGGGCGGUUUYUAACGGGAAUAAGACCCCAGGAGUAUUUCUUUCAUUGCAUGGCGGGAAGAGAGGGUCUUGUUGACACAGCCGUCAAGACAAGUCGUAGUGGAUACCUACAACGUUGUUUAAUCAAACACUUAGAGGGUCUUCAYGUGAACUACGAUCUUACUGUCAGGGAUAGUGACGGGUCAGUUGUACAGUUCUAUUAUGGCGAGGAUGGGCUCGACAUUCUCAAGACUAAAUUUCUGUCAGAGAAUGAGUACCCAUUUAUGGUCAGCAACUACAAGUCAUUUAUUCAGCGAAUGAAUCCCAGCUCCUUGCUUCCACAUGUUGAUUCUAAAACAGCAGAGAAAAUGGAGAAAAAGGUCAAUAAAUGGUACAAGAAACACCAGCAAGACAGGAAAUCCCGCGACUCGCCAUUCUUGGUGUUCGCGAGAGAUAAUUUUGAUAAGAUACAGGAAGAGAAGAAUUCCACCUCUGUUGUUUCGUUUGGGAGAACUGAGGCUCAUCUUCAGCUGUUCAAGACAUGGCACAAACAAACACAAUCCAUUAAGUCAAGUUAUAGAAAAGUUUGCUCUACUGCUCCACUACCUGUGAUUUCUAAGCUAAGGCCUGAUCUGUACUUCGGAGCGGUGCCAGAAAAGAUUUCAAGGUCAAUCAACAAUUACACCAAAAACGAUCCUGAUAAGUGCUUUUCAUCUGAAGAAGAGCAAGGAAGGGACCAGGUUGAUUCAGGCAAGUUUCGUGUCUUAAUGUUCCUUAAGGUAAUGCGAUCUCUCGUCGAACCUGGUGAGGCUGUAGGUCUGCUUGCAGCACAGUCCAUUGGAGAGCCCUCAACACAAAUGACACUGAACACUUUCCAUUUUGCUGGCCGAGCUGAGCUCAACGUUACACUAGGAAUCCCACGAUUAAGGGAAAUUCUCAUGACAGCAAGUCCUAAUAUCAAAACACCAACUAUGGAUUUGCCGUUACUAUCAACCAAGAAGGCUGUCAGGAAAGCCAAGAAACUACAGAUUCAGUUCACUAGGGUUUUGUUAUCUCAGGUGUUACAGUCAGUUGAUGUCUGGGAGUCACUUUCUCCUAAAGAACAUGGAACAAGAAUGAGGGCAUAUCGGAUCAGGUUCAUGUCCCUACCACAUGCUCAGUACAAGGACGACUUUCACUGCUCUCCCAACGAUAUUCUACAAUACAUCGAGAGAGUGUUUAUCAAGAAGCUGAUCAGUGCCGUACAGAAAGCUGUCCGUAACACACAGUCACAGAGACUGUUAGAUUCUACUGGCGAUAACAAUAGUGCAUCAACUGCAGCAACAGAAGAAGAACCAGUUGAUGAUGACGAUGAUAACAUAGAGCUGUCUGAUGAUGAAGGUGUUGAUGGGGAUGCUACUGAUGUGAAACAAAGACAGAAACUAGAACAGCACGCCACUUAUGAAGCACCUGACCUUGACGAACAGGAAAUCGAAAAGGAAUUUGCAAACAACGCAAGUGAAAAUGAAGAUGAGGAGACACCGGAGGCAAGCGAAACGCAGUCAUCAAUCGGAGACAUGGAUGAAUCUAUGGAAUUUACUCCUGAAGCACAAACAUCUGGUCCGAAAACUGCGACGCAAAAGAAAAAGAAAAAAAGUACAUCACAGAUAGAUGCGACCAGACAAGAGCGUGUCGUUCACAGUGAUCCACAUAUCUCAUCUUAUUCCUACGAUAUUGAAGACGAACGUUGGUGUGAAGUUGUUAUAAAGUUUCCUGUAUUGCGAUGGAAAGUUCGACUAACUAGUUUGAUCGAGAAACUGGCUCUGCAGAGUGUUGUUUACGAGACUCCAGGGAUCAGGAGGUGUUUUUUGGUUGAAGAAAAAGACUCGUCUUAUCUCAARACAGACGGAGUUAAUUUUCAAGUUGCUUUCCGUCACCAUGACAUCCUGGACGUCAACAAACUCUACACCAAUGAUAUUCACGCUGUGGCUAACACGUAUGGAAUCGAGGCUGCCGCACGCGUCAUCGCCAAGGAAGUAAAAAAUGUCUUUGGCGGAUACGGCAUCCACGUAGAUCACCGUCAUUUGAAUCUAGUAGCCGAGUACAUGACAUACGAGGGCAAGAUCAAAGCAUUCAACCGUAUAGGUAUCGAAUCCAGCGCCUCUCCCUUUCAAAAAAUGAGUUUUGAGACUACGACUCAUUUUCUUCGAGGUGCUGUGCUGUCUGGGGACACGGAGAGUCUUAAGUCACCGUCCUCAAGGCUUGUCGUAGGGAGAGUAGUUGAGGGGGGAACUGGUUGCUUUGAUUUAUUGCAGCCACUCUGUUAGACCCUAAUGACUGCUAAUAAUCAUUAAUAUUAUUACUGCUUGUUGAAUAUUGAUUGAAGUUGAGAUAAGCCAAUUUAUUAGACUCAAAACCUAAUAGCUGCUAAUAAUUAUUAAUAUUAUUAGUAAAAGUUGCAUAUUGGUUUGACCGUUGAGAUUUUCAAGCAACCGUCUUCAAAACCUAAUAGCUGCUAAUAAUUAUUAAUAUUAUUACUACUGGUUGCAUAUUUGUUUGGGCCGUUUGAGAUUUCCAAGCAACUGUCUUCAAAACCUAAUAGCUUCUAAUAAUUAUUGAUAUUAUUAGUGCUGCUUGCAUAUUUGUAGGGCCAUUUGAGAUUCCCAAGCAACUGUCUUGAAUCUUAAAAGCUGCUAAUAAUUAAUAAUAUUAUUAGUACUGGUCCAAUUUUGGUUUGGUUUGAGAUAUUCAAGCCACCUUGAACCCUAAUAGCUGCUAAUAAUUAUUAAUAUUAUUAGUGCUGGCUGCAUAUUUGUUUGGCCGUUUGAAAUUUUCAAGCAACCGUCUUGAAACCUAAUAGCUGCUAAUAAAUAUUAAUAUUAGCACUGUUUGAAUGUUGGAAAUUAGUUCUCCCUCGAUAAGUGACUAUCCAAAAUGCAAGACCUGUAACCUUGGAACACAAAUUAUAUCCUACAAUAAAUCUUUCAUUUUAUUGAUCGCACAAUUCAAAAAAAAAAAAAA